CCGGAGGCUGAAUUGCACCCAUUCCUUACGGGAUUAAUGGGAUGUGGCGCGGCGUCUCUCUCACAUCGGCUGUGGUGAAACCAUGAGAGCAAUAUCUUCCUUCAUUUCCUGAAAGGAGGAGCCACACAAGAAGCAGCAACUCACCGGCGACAGAGGGCUGCUAGCGGGCUAAAAGCACCGUGUUUCCGAACCGUUAACUGGGAGUUAAGAGCCUAACUCGGAUGCCUCUAUGAUCCAGCUAAUCGUACAGCGAGAUAAACAGAGCUCAGUUUGCACAAGAGGUGAGCCAUGGCUGAACCAAACUCCUCCCGUCCCCAAAGGAAGAUGUCCACCUCUGGGGAGAGUGUGUACAAGGUGCUAGGCCUGGAGAAAGGCGCGUCAGCAGAGGAAAUCAAGAAAGCAUACAGAAAACUAGCACUGAAGUACCACCCAGACAAGAACCCGGACAAUCCGGAGGCUGCAGAGAAGUUUAAGGAGAUCAACAACGCUAACUCUAUUUUAAACGAUGAGAACAAGAGGAAGAUUUACGACGAGUACGGCUCCAUGGGUCUUUAUGUGUCCGAGCAGUUUGGAGAGGAGAGCGUCAAAUACUACUUUCUCAUGUCCAAAUGGUGGUUUAAGGGUCUGGUGCUGUGCUGUACAUUGUUCACUUGCUGCUGCUGUUGCUGCUGCUGCUGUUUCUGCUGUGGGAAGUGUAAACCUCCUGACGACGAUGAAAACUACCAGUACGUCGACCCUGAAGACCUGGAGGCCCAAAUCAAAGCAGAGCAGGAUGGAGGUAACACAGUAAUCAUAGGCCAACCUACAUCUAAUCUGGGUCCACAAACCCCAGAAGGACAGAGCAUGCCCAUCCCCCUGCCUAUGCCCAUGCCUCCACCUGAGCCCCAGUCGCCAACUUCAGUCAACCCAGUAGUGGAAGAUAAACCUGGGGAAAGCGUACCAGAUUUAAAAUGACUUGAAAGUGAUGGUGUGGACGAGCCUCAGCUAGCAAAAGCAGGAAGCCUUCUGCGCCCCUCUUAUGACCCAGCCACAUCUGACUGCUGCCAGCGACCCAGAGAGAAACCAGCCCGCAGUCACCAGCCAAUCCAGGUUUCAAUCCUGAUCCACCCAGACCUUCCUGAGCCACCCAACAGUCCCUGCAAGGUGGGCACUUAAACGCUCCUGGCUUCCUUCAUGGAACUCAAAAUAUGGAGGAGCAUUCACGCAGAUUAACCUACUCUCUGGUAAUGCUACGAGCGUCACGGAGGAUAAUUUCAGGCCAGCUAUUAAGACCACAAGCCAUCCUCCAACAAGUCUACUCUCUUCUUCCAGCUUCACACAUGCCCUGCCUGGGCUGGAUGUGACCUUGAUAGCAGUCCAGUUAUCCAGGGAUAGACUUAAACUCCUCACUAAUCUCUUCUGGUCAUCCCAUUCCAACCAGUAAGGGUGUGACACUGGGCAGGAAGAUUAGAAAAACGGGGAGAUAUGAGGGCAAAAAAAUAAAUUCUAGGAGAGGUGUCUUUCAUCAUUUAUCUGUGAUCCAAACGGGACUGGAGCUUAUUACCUUUUUUUUUUUCUCCCUGUCACAAUCUUAACCGCCUCCCUCCAUUUUUGGACUCCAUCAGUCACCAGCAGGAGCACUUAUUUUCUGUUUUCCCCCUUUAACUUGCCUUGGAGCUGCCCUCAAAAGAAACCCAUGCAGGCUGGUGGUAAAUUCAGUGCCACGUUUGGUGUGUUCAGAUCAGCAGAAAAAGAGGAACUGCGCAUAUUUUUUUCUCCUGUGAACACCUUCAUUCAAUUAAUUUGCGUUGCAUUGUCAUCCUCUGGCAUCUCAGACCAAUUCCAUCGAUGGUGGUUUAAAAAGAAAGAAGAAGAGAAAAAAAAAAAGAAAUCAUUUUCAGAGGAGGCAGGAUGUCUAACUGAUGCUUCACCUUGUACAAAGUUUUCAAUCAGAACAGAUUCUUUUGGUUUAAUGAUAAAUGUCUGAGCCAAAUCUUGGAGCUGAAGAUUGAGGAGCUUCAGUCUGGAGUGGAUUUGACGCUUCCAUCCCCGGCGUGCAUGCUUUUUUUGUACGGCUGCAUGCCCCUUCUUGUACAGCACUGGAACUCACCUUAAAAACCACAAAACAUGGGACAGCUGCUAAGCCAAACCUUACAGACAUGCAGACUCAACCUGUAAACAGACACACACUCAUAACAGCCCUUAAGUCGUUGUGUGCCGCCCCCGCCCCCAAUCAUAAUCUGCUGACUGAAAUGGACAAUGACAGAUGCCAUAGAUGUUUUAACUAGAAAGGACUUCAUGAUUAAUUGUGGGGUUUUUUUGGUCAGAUUUGCUCUUUAUUUUUAUUGCGCUUUUUCUUGUUUUGCAGUCAGAUUAUUUGGUAGACCAAAGCUGACAGCUUCAUGUAGCCCAGGCUGAUAGUUUCUGGAAAUGCCAUUUGCUCUGUAAGCCACGGUUCAGAUGUCAAAGCUGCGUGUAUAUUAUGCAUUUCAGUCUAUGCACCGUCUCAGACGGGUCUGUUGCCAUUUUUCUUUUAUUGUAUCUCUUACAUUCAGAACUACAGAAACCCUGAAAGUUACUUGAUAAUUUAUGAACUCGGGUCCAGAUUCACUAAGGCUACAUUGCAGGGGCAAUCUCCUGAUUUAACUGCACCACUGUUACUUACUGUAUUUGGGGAUAAUUUGAAAAUGUAUCUGCAGGCCUUAAAAAGAGCAAACAAUCAACCAUCUUUAUUGUAAAUUUCAGGCACUCGCCCUUUAAACUGCAGGACUGAUCCAUUAAUUCCCGCAACCUUCCUGAUCUGAUCCGACUUUCUGGGAAGGAAAUUCCUCUUUUAUGUACAAACCUGACCCUGACAGUGCUGUGCCUUCAAGAAUAAUUGACUAAAUAUAGAAGCUCUGGAUGCAUUUCGCUGUCUAUUUUGCAGCAUCACACAUGAAUGUUGUCUGAAAUAAUCCAAUGCAUGAGCACAGUUGAUUAAAUCUAACCUGAAGCAUUCAGGUCUGCUCUUCUUCCCUCAGUGUGCACACUUGCAUCACUCUUCCUUCAUGCUUUAGUGAAUCUGGAUCAGUGUUGGGUGCUUAGACACCUUGAAUUGCACAAUAAAUACAGGCACUACAAAGAUUUCAGUUUUUAUACACCUGCUCUCAAACGCACAUUUUCCUGUGUUUUGUUUUUGGUUUCGUGGGGUUUUUUUUCCCCCCUUUUGGAUUUUGCUCACAUUUUCAUCCAUCCAUCCAGUAAUCACAGGGGAUCAUUCAAAGUGUCUUCUGAAGGGUCAGCUUUACUCGUAGAGCUGCAGCUAGCAAUUAUUUAUUGCUUUGUCUUUAUGUUUAAUGUGAGAAAAUGAUAAGAAAUAUCCAACGGUAGUUUCCAUCAUGUAUCAUUCCCAUCUCCAAUCUGGAGUCUAAGACAAAGAACAGCAGAAAAUGAACAUUUUUAGCUCGGCUGUUUCUAAGAAAAAGUCCAGGUAUUGUUGUAGCCAUGGUGGCAGCGGCGUCUGUUACACAAAAACUGUGACUUUGGCCGUAACUCGAGAAUAAUGCGACUUAGAAUGGUCAAGUUCACACCAUCAAUGCAUCUACCAAAAAUCUUGGAUGAGUUCAAAUCUCGGUGACCUUGGCCUGAAGUUAAAGGCCAGAGGUCAAGUUUUCUCAAAGUCUUGUGAACACAAUAACUCGAAUAAUCUCACCUAGGAUUCAGCUCUGUCACGUUUUUUAAACUGUGACACUAAAGGCUUCUUGUUGAGUUUCUGCUAGUGUUGGCAUGUUGCUGUACAUUAAUGUCGGUGUUAGUCGGUGUAAAGUCAGUGGAUCUGCUCACGACAAAGCUAACUGCUUUAAAUGGCGAAUUAUUUAAUAGCCUUCCACACGGGUGAUUUGGUAGAUUUAGUGCCAUUUACUGUUGAGACAUGAGAAUUAUUAUUGAUGUAAUAUGAUUCUGGGGAGUGUUUGAGCUGCCAGCAUUUUGCCUGAAGUUUCCACUUUUCACUAAUUUAUUGACUUGUCUGAAACAGAUUUUUCUUCCUUGGCUCGAGAGCCAUGAUGGAACAAUAAUGAGUAACUAAUUAAUUUUAACAAGAAGAGAGCGUGCAGAGCAUUAUGCUGCUCCAUCUCCAUGGAUGGAUGGAUGUUUUGGGGUAUCUUCUGGAAUGGCACAGAAACUUUGCACAAAGUGAAGUUUAAAAUUAUUAACACAGACUUUUAAAGGAAUAGUUCAACAUUUUGGGAAAUCUGUUUUGUAACUUUCUUUGCUUCACUGCUUUUGGUAACAGACUGUAAAUAAAAGAUGGACAGCCACCUCAGCGUCACCCAUUGGUCAGUGAAGUUUUGUUAUGAGGUCUUGAGCUGAAGGUUUUUCUUGGAGGUUUGAGGCUGUAUGUGACGAGUGAGGGGUGGAGCUGACUGAGAAACCAGGGGCUUUGCGUGCUCAUAGGCCGGCUUCACGUCACACUUCGAAGCUGCUUCCAUCUCUGAUGCUCCCGCAAAUACCGUUCAGUGUGUUGCCCCCGAUAAAGUCCAAAGUUUUGAAAAAGGUCAAGUUGUUUGUUAAACAAACAAGAAGUAACAUUGUUGAUUUGUGAGUCGGUGCAUUUUUGUUAAAUUUGGACACUUCUAGGCUGGAUUCGACCUAACUGUCGUUUUUUUCCCUGUUUCCAAAAUAAAACUUAAAAAUGAUAUUGAUGAAACAAAAAGAAAUACUAAUUUCCCAAAAUGGUAAACUAUUCACAUUUUAAAUUAGGGGAUGUAACAAUUGAAAUAGCAUACCAAUAUUAUUUUUAUGUAAGUUUGUUUUAUUUCCUACUUUUUACAAGGGAAAGAAAAAGAGCAACCUCUUUUUAAGGUCAAGUUUUUAUAACCAUUACACAACAGCCACUGACACACGUAAAUGUCCUCUUAUUUUCUGAUGUUACUGACACCUGGCUGUUUGUUUCAUUUCUAAUUUAAAUUAAAAAAAAAAAACUUUUGCUGCCAUGUUGUUACAAAAUCUGUUUAAAUUUUUUUCAACCUCAAGCAUUGUUUACUGACGUCAUGUGGAAGCUGUUAUGUUUUUGUGAUGUGGAGCCUUAUAGACUAGUGUAGAGUAGUAAUGCUAGUAGUUAAUAUUUUUUUUCUUUUUGCUGAAAUUUUGCUGAAAUUUGGUGAAAAUGUUUUUCCACUGUUUGCUGCCCAAAACUAUUGUGAUCUAAAUUCAGCUGAUAAAACUCGUCUAUAUUAUCCGCUGCACUGAAAUAAACUAACACGGAGCUACAUGUAGGACCGUUUUGUGAAAACCAAACCAGACAAAUAUCAUCUGUCACUUCAUAUCUUCUCUCUUUUAUUUACAUAUCAGUUUGUGUUUCUGAGUGAAACAGUCUACAAACUUGAAGUUCAUUUUGUGUCAUAUUUGUUCUUAAUUCAUAUUAAUGUCCCAAACUGAAACAAAGCAGUUAACUUGUUUAUCAUGACAUCAUUUAAGUUCAAACGUGAUGAUGGAGCACUGAAAGUGCAAAUGACAAAAAAAAAAAAUCCUUACUGUUGACAUGUUUUAUGAAAGGAUUUAAGUGUAUAUACACUUAUUUUUUUAUUUAUGUUGCAAAGAAAAUGAGUAACAUAAAGUUAAAAUGACAGAUGUGGACAUAAGUCAAGACUUUAAAGCGGUUUCUGUGUUUUCUCCUGAACUGCUGGCUCAGAUGUUUGAUGCUAACAUGUUAGCAUGCACUGUGUUUACUAAUGAAACUGCGGACGUGUGCUAAAACGGUUAGCAUGGAGCUAAUGCUCUUCCAGAGGCAGGCGGGUGUCUUCCUGUGGAUCAGCCGACUGAUUGAAAGAUCCACCAGAAUUGGUGCAUUUGUGUUUGAUAAUGACGAGCAGAAAAAAUUGGAUGAAAACUUUUUGAAGCUGAAAUUUUUAUUUUGUUGGGAGUUUUUUUUUUUUCUGGGCUGAUGAGGAGGAGAGGUCACUGUUGUGGUUCCCUGUGGACGAUCUGUAAAUGAUUUAUUAUGGAAAUCAACCCAAUUAAAAAGAAACAAACGGGAUUUUAUAACUUCCUGUGUGUAACUUUGUCUUGUAUCUGUGCUUGUGUAGGAAAUUAUGUGAAAGGUUAGAUUUUUUUUUUUUAACACUAAACAAGAUAUCAAGAUAAAUAAAAAAAUAUUAAAAAUA